GUGAGCUUGGUCACGCUGCCCAGCUUUGAGUUCAAGGCAGAGUUCCAAGCACUACAAGGGAAGGUGGACAGCCUGCUUUGCGCGGGACACGAUGGCAUCUUCCUCAUCGGCUCCCAGGACGGCAGCUUGCAGCUCUGGCAGCGGGUGGAGGGAGGGCUACCAGGAUGA